AUGAUCGAUGGCAGUAUUUUCGCUCUCAUUUUUCGAUUGCGUGAGCAACUUCAUGCACGAUUUGCAGUCAAUUUGGAAAGGAGACCUUCGCUGAUCGUAGCAAUUGCUUUCCCAUCGGGUGCUAUCGCUGGGCUAAACAUUUACCCAGGCGUUUAUGCCGUGGUAGGUGCUGCAAGUUUCUCGGCGUCAGUCACUCAUACCGUAUCUGUAGCUGUGAUGAUUUUCGAGAUUACGGGACAAUUGCACUACAUUCUACCAGUCGUGAAUGUGAUGAUACAGUGA